AUGCGUUUUCAGAAACUAGGCACGGAAGAGGCGACCACAAAACUUCUAAAAAAGAUUGACCCCAUUUUCAAAACAAGGGUUAGUUUCGCUGGAUCCGCAAGCAGGAUCAGAAUGUGGUUAGUGGUGCCCGUACGAUAUCGACCAUCUCUCAUGAGUCGAGCUCGACUCUCUCGGGUUCGCGAAAAUCCAAACAGAAACCAAGUUACGUUGAAACCAAUGUGCUCCGUCUAUGCUAUGUCGUUCAGUUGUAUCACUCUUUCGGCGCGUAACUGCCAUGUCCCCAGGAAGAAGUACGAGGACUGGGAUACUGCCAGGUUGCCCAAGUCUAGACAGGGAAAGUCGAGAGGCAAAGGUCGGGUUCGAACCUCUGCCAGACCUUCCGUUGAAACAGCUCUACAACUGAUUGCCACAAGUCGUAAGCAGAAAAACAGAGCUGCAGCACUACGAAACAAACAAACAAUGACCGGAUCAAAUUACUUUCAGGAAAGGAAAAAGGCCGGGACUCGCCAGAUUUGCGUGGUAACUGGUCACUCGUAUACAUAUGCACAAACGGAUAGCGCCGGGUAUACACAGCAUAUUAGGCGGAAUUCCACAUGGAUCCCGCUUUACCGCUCGUAUUUAGGUGCUGAUACGGCCGAUAAGCCUAUCCCGUACAGGACUGGCCAAAAGUUUGGGACGCUUGCCGGUCCGGUAUCAAGCUGA